CAACAGCUUGGUAGAAUUUAAAGAUGUUAAUUUUCUGAUCACGUGGUUUGAGGUUUUUAUUUUUUUUUCCAGUCACACAUUAAACUUCAGUGUCUCUUUUACACUCCACCAGCUCAGGAUCGAUCCUCCACCGCGUCGACACAGCACAGCCUCUCUGCUCCUCCAAUCAGCUGACUACUGACUCCGUCGUACGAUGUUCUCGCGUGUUCUGAUCACGAUGGCUUGUUUUCAUCAUUUUCCAGCUCGUCAGGCAGCCCGGAGGCUCAGUCGGUGGGCGAGCGAGAAAAGGUGCGCACGUUAAAAAAAAGAUGGACUGCGCACUUUUCCUAUCGACGGAUUUGAGCGCAUCUUCUUCCCGCUGAUGCUGGCCGCAGAUGUUGGUGGGGGAAGAAGCUGCUCUGCCAGAGGAACUCGGUGCCAUGCACGGCGCUGGUUUUGCAUUUGUGCGCAGCCAUCCAGCCUCUUCCUGCUCUAAUCAAACGGCGUCACAUGCUGCUGAAAAGCACUUUACCGCUCCAGAUAAGAUGUGUUUGGGUGAAUGCCGCAGCCGACAGGAUUUGGAGCAGCUCUGGAGGCCAGCAUGCACACAUCGGAGGACGUUUUCAUAACGCUUGCAAAUCAAAUCUCUUCAAAUUUAACAUCAAUUUAAAGACUCAGCCAUGGGGGAUGACAGCAGCCUGUCUCGGCAGAUAGACAGUGUGGAGAGGAGCGUGGUGUUCCUGAGGCAGGAGCACCUCACUUUGCUCCAUGGCCUCCACCUGGAGAUCCUGUCCCUGCAGAAGAGAUGCUCAGAGUUGACAAGCGAGCUGAAGGUGAAGCCUCCAGGCAGGAGUCAGAUCGAACUUCAGGAGGAAGAGGAGUUCUUGGAGGCUCGCUGUCGGAACGUGGAAAACCGUCUGGCAGAGCAGGAGUGCACCUUAGGAGAACUUCGUAAGGAGCUCACUCACAAAGGGGCUUUGGUUGGAGCCCUCAGAGCGAAUCUCAAGGAAAAGGAGCGCCAUUUUCUGGAGGAGCUCAAACGCCGCAGCCACUGUUCCACCAUCCUCAACACCGAGCUGCAGAAGCAGACGGAGGCAGCAGCUUACCUCUCCUUCCAGCUGCACGCUGCCAGGCAGAAACUGCACCACCAGCGGAUGCAGCAGAGGCAGGGACUCCUGUCCAGAGCCAGCAGUCAGGGGCCCCAGUAUGGUGCCGAGCAGAACUCCGUCUCUCCACAGAUGUUAUCCGGAGCUUCCCCUUCCUCCCCCGUGGUUAAACCCAAGAGGAAGAGCGUCAGAGCAUCCUCGAGGGUGGAGCGCGCCCGGGAGUGCGUGCCAAUAGAGAAGGUGAUGGGUCCUGCAGAGCCCACAGCGAUGCCCGACCCAGCACUCUUCCUCCACCCCCGAAGGCACAGAGCUCGCUCCAGGCACACUCAGAGACAACCCCCACUGGGCCUGGAGAAGGAGGACGAGGAGGAGGGAGGCGGAGAAGGGCCGGUGGAGCCCCAGGAUGAAGCUGCCAGACUGGUGUCCUCAGCAGCAGCACCCCCUACUGCUGAGACGAAGGCAGAUUAAGAACUACUGUGACGUGUGCUUUUGACUACUGUAGGACUCUCUCCUGCCAGACUGUUAAUGCUGUUAACUGUUGUGCACCUUGACUGAAUUGAUACUGAGACUGGUUUUAGCUAUUUAAUGAUAUUACACUUACCGUAGACACCUUUUUCUUAAAAACUGACUUUGAUAUAACUUUAAGUAACAUGCAAAGCAGAAGUCAGUGUCACUUUAAGUCAGUCUUUGAAAUGAGGAGGGUCUGUUUACACUGCUGUCCAAUGCUCUGUAUACGGUGGGGCCUUUUUCAAAGUGGCCCCUUUUUGAUUUAUAGUGAGUUUAAAGUCGACUACAAGCCCAGCUGUGUGACCCAAACAACUGUGACCUUUCAAGGCCAACCGUAAAUCUCCCCAUGUGACCAAACGUUUGUGAGGCCCCCGACCGAGUCACAGCUGAAAAUAUCUGAGAUGGUGGGCACUCCUGGAAAACUAUCAAUCAAAGUAUGUUUCACUUAUUUGAAAUAGAAGAGAACAGAAACAGUAACUUGCAAUUCUUGAACUUUUGCCAACAUUUUCUUUUAAUCCAUGAUCGUUAACACCACUCUGCUACAUUAUAGAUUCAUGUGUCGUUAUUUUACGUCUAAUCCACAGAAAAUACUUUUAUCUAACGGACUGGAAGGUGUCAACUCUGGAGGUGUUUAUCUCAACAACAGAGAGUAGUGCGACAAGAAACACUAUUUGAGGGCACAACAGGCUUGUCAGCAGUUUUAAAAUCACUGUGCAAGGUACUAAAUGCGUGUAGCGACAAUAUUAAAGCUUUGUCAGCUUUCCCUGGUGGGGUAGACCUUCUUCACAGCAGAUAAUGACAAUAACAGUUAUUACAGGCCCUUGACGUUUGUCAGUUUUUGCUACUUGAGCCAGGAAUCACAACAGUGGGGCUGCCUCUAUGAUAACUAAUUAUGUCCCCUUAUAGAAUAUACCUAAUAUGUUAACUUUCUUCUAAGUAGUAGCAGAAACUUAGUUCGGAAACAUAAUAAUAAUAAUUUCGAUUUCAGGAAGUAAGAAAUUUGAAAAAUGAUAUCUCAUCUGAUAUUGUUCCUUUAUAUGUUAGAGGAAUAAUGAAAAGUGUCAUUGUUUAUUAAGUUUCCAGCAACGUAGUUCUCAAACUAGUUUCCCAUGAAUACACCACUUGACUCGGUACCAGUGUCUGCUCUGCUACAUGUGCUGCACACAGUGUUGAGAUUAAAGUAAACAUUGGAGUCAGAGCGGCUUUUCUGGACAAACGAUGUAAUGAAACAGUUUUUAAAUUCUCCUAAGCGUCUGUAAUUGUAUUAUGUUCUACAAAAGAAAGUUUUAUAACAUAUACAUCAAUACUGAUAUAUGAUAGGUCAAUAUCGGCCAAUAAUAUGAAAAGUUUUUCCCAGCAUUAAAGGACAACCACCAGUGCUAAAAUGAAAAGAAUUCAGGUUUCGUUAACUCAAGUUUGAGAUAUUUUUGUUUAUCGGAUUGUCUGAAAAAACAGUAAAAUGCUGCUUACUUGUUUUAUGUUGUCACCCUCCUAAGGCUCAUUCUGAAGUGGAACAUAAAACUCUGCUUGGGGUUUGAUUUCAGACAGAAUCAUUUUCCCAGUAAAGCAAGUCAAAAUAUCUGCUGUGAAAAACGUCUAUAAGCUCACCACGGUUUGAACUGACUGCAAACAAACUUUGCAAAUAGAUCACGAUUUUACCUCAGCCUGCCUUUCCUGCUUUGAUAAGUGUCCAUAAUGUACCACACUGAAAGGUCAUUGCACACUGACCUCUAUUUAAGGACAGUCUUCUCUUUAUAUCAGGCUAUAGGUCCUCUGUCAAGAAAAACGACAAAAAAAGCAAACGCACACCACCUUACAUAUCACACAUAAUACAUACUAAGUAUAAAAAAAUUAAAUACAGACAUGUCAGCCUUCUUGUUCUGUUUUUUUUUAUUAUUAUCUGGUGAUUACAUUGCAAAAAAGAGAUGAAUGAAUCAGUUGUUAGAUUUUUCUUCAUAGGUAAAAGCUAAAUUUGCUCUUGUAUCAGUGCCUGUCGUAGGUAGAGGAGAUGUCAGACAACAGUGGGAUUUUGCCUCUCGCACUAAACAACAUAAAAUGUAGUUAUGUUUUCCUUUGGGAUGCAUUGAGGCACCAUGUCAUGAUGCUUUGUAUAAACAGGCCACAUUCAGGUGAUACUCACUUCUGGCUUGUUGGUCCAUGCGUUUUACUCAGGUGUGGUUUGUGUACUGAACACACACACUCACAUAGACAACUGCUAUUUCAGCCUGUUUGUGUUUGAGGUUGUUUCGUCGGGGUUUCUUUUCACCUCAGGAAAAAAACGGACAAACAAAAACACAAGUGUAGCUUUCAGUGUGCGUUCAAAUGCAGCACGGUCUUGUGGAUUUGCAGGACGGCCUGUUUGCAGUGUGUUCUCGUUUUUUUAUGCAUUUUACUCCCUGAAAAAGACAUUUCCUGUACUGGAAAGGACAAGAAGAGGGACGAGCAUGUCCUCUGAUAUCCAAACACAUGCAAGUGGUGGCCCCUAGUGUAACACUGAGCAAAUAGCAUGAAGGAAAGAUCAAAUCAACACAAUAUUUUAAUGGAGAAAAUACUUUUUAUGCUAUUGCUUGCGUAUAUCAGGGCCAAUUAUGAAUUCAUCGUCGUCCACUCAGUACCCCACUGCAAUUCCUGCCUUAUAAUAGAAGAGUCAUCAUAAAUGCUGUGUGAAGAAACAGGGCAAAACUUUACUUUACUCUUAGACUUUGCAUAUAGCAGUUACUGUAUGUCAGUGUUUUCCUCUAAGUUGUGUCAGUCGGUCUUUACUUUAGCCAUGACUUAACUGAGCAUCAGUAAUUAGUUUAAUCGUGAUUAGUUGCUGUGAGGCUUUCCCUGCAGCUCCUGUUUAGAAGUUUAGUGUUAUGUUUUAGGAGUAUAUCAUCAAUAAAGCAAUAUCAAUAUAUUUAUAUAUUCUUACUAGGUCACGACAGCUGGUUUAAGGACACUCGAGGCAUUAAAGUAGAUUUUACAAUUGUUUUAACUUUGGUAAUUCUUGAACUCACUAUGUUUUGCUUAAUAUUUUUGUGAACUAGCCGACGGAUUGUUGGUGAAUCUUUAUGUUGUUAUGGUACAGUUUAUCAGAGGACAGGAUUCAAGGAUACGCUUCACGUGAAGCAGCGUAAAGCAAAAAGGUGUAUUAUUAUGCUGCCUGGAUGAAAAUGAACUUCUUUUUUAGCGAAAAUGCAAAUGUGACGAGGGUUUUUCAUUCACUUCUUAGCUCUGGUAAGCCAUCAGUAUGACCGUGUGCACUAUUCUUCCUCGAGUUUAAUGAGACAGGAGGCGAUUAAAGUACAAAGCUGUCUCUUUGGAAACAGCUUUUUUCUCCCCAACAGGUAAAUUGAACUCUAGACUGUUAGACCUCAUCACUCCACCUGCCAUCUAAACGGAGCAGCAGGCACAUUUUACCAUCAUCUCACAUUCUUACACAGUAGAUCAUCCAUACUUUGGUAUUGUGUCACAUCUUGGACAAAUAACCAAAACGCUGGCUGCUGUAUGAGACGGAUGACGACAAUGCUAAAGAGCCAAAGAGGCCCAGCACUGGAAUUAAGCACGGAGACGAGCGGUGUGACGCCUUAAUGAUGUCUUUUCAUGAAUAUUUCAGCUUAAGCGAGUAAAUCUUAAUGACCUGGUUUGAUUUUUUUCUACUUUUCAGAGCAGUUUAUCUCACAUCCUGCAAACACAGGAGAGUAAUGCUAAUUUACUGACGCCCACAGAGAAUGUCUUCCAUCUUUCUAAAUGCUGAUAUAACUUUAAUCUUCAGAACAGUCAUGAAGCAACGGCAGUGUCUGUCAUUUUGCUCGUCCUUGUGGUCAACAAGUUAAUUUCAGACCUUAGAGAAGUGUUUCAGUGGACUUCAUGUGGCACCAUGAAGCAUCUUGUUUGACAUGUUAUGUGGUUUCUAGCAAUAAUGCUGUGUGGCUCCCAACAUGACAUGGACAGAGACACGUUGAUUUGAUUUUGGUUCACGGGUGAGCUGUUGACUGAUUACCGCGUAUACUGUGUUUGCUUCUUACAGUGAUCUACUGUACACAUAACUGGAAUAAAACAGAGGAUUGUCUAGUC